AUGGAAAACCGACAACUACCCUUUCUAAAUCGAUACAGCGGGACCCCGAGAACUACUCUCGAAACCAAAUCCCCAAUCGCAACCGCCAGCCAACCAGGCGACAGAGAUACCCCAGCCCACACUCCGUGGUAUAACCCACAAGGCUGGUCCUUGCGCAAGAAACUCAUCGUCACCGCAUCAGUGAUCGUGACCGUAUUGGCUACAAUCCUGAUCCCUUUCGAAAUAAUCAAAAGCCGCUACCCAAACUACAGUCCCUUGCACUACACCCUCAUCGACAACUACUCCGGUCCAACCUUUUUCGACCAAUUCACUUAUUUCACAGACGAGGACCCGACAAUGGGCUUUGUUGUCUACGUCAACAAAUCAACUGCCAGACACCUCAACCUCACAUAUGCAUCCGAAACAUCAGCCAUUCUGCGCGUCGAUGCAUCAACGCCAAACGCCCGCUCUGGUCGGAACUCUGUCCGCGUCGAGUCGAGAAAUACAUACGAUGCAGGCCUCUUCGUCUUCGACAUCGUUCAUACCCCCUUCGGUUGUGCGACCUGGCCUGCGCUGUGGCUAACUGAUGGCUAUAACUGGCCGAUGAAUGGCGAGAUCGAUGUUCUUGAAACUACAAAUGUUGGAAGCCAUGGGAAUGAGAUCACAAUCCAUACUACCAAGGGGUGUCAGAUGGACGUCAAGCGCAAACAGACUGGUCAGGCUAUCUUUAAAAAUUGUGACCAUGCCACAGAUGGGAAUUCCGGCUGUGGGGUCAUCGGCGAUGAGACUAGUUAUGGAGAGGCAAUGAAUAACCGUGGGGGCGGUGUUUAUGCGCUUGAACUCCGUGACGCCGGUAUUAGGGCCUGGUUCUUCCCGAGGGCAUCGAUCCCUGCUGAUAUCACGGCGGGGAAUCCUGAUCCGAGUACCUGGGGUAUGGCGCUGGCGGAUUUCCCUAGCACCAACUGUGAUAUUGCGUCACAUUUCAGGAAUCUGAGUAUCAUUGUCAAUAUUGAUCUCUGUGGUGAACUUGCUGGUCAGAAGCAGUUUUAUGAAACUUUGUAUCAUUGUCCAGCGACUUGUUCGGGCUUUGUUGCUAACCGCCCUGGCAGUUUUGUUGAUGCCUAUUGGGAGUUCAAGACUUUCAAGGUUUAUCGUGCUCCUUGA